AUGUUUUUUCCCGUAGGAUGGCCGCGGGUCUUAAACGCCAGCGAGCCGAACAAAAUAAAUGCCGUAGUGUGCAACAGAGACAAAAUUCUCUUUGCUAUUCUCACCACGGAUUCUCUCACCAUCUGGUACUGCAAACCCUGUGUACCAAUUGUAUUCAGUAGGCGAUCGGAAACUUCCUUACGAAAGUACGGUUGGAAUGUUUUGGCACAAUGGAGGCCGGAUUCCAGCAUGCUGGUUAUCGCGACGUCAGACAGCUAUUUACUGUUCUACCGGCUCUCGGACAGCAAUCCGGAUGGCCGGGGACUCUACGAGCAACGAGACUCACCGGUCACCAGUCUGAAACGAGAUAGUGCGGAAUUGUUCAUCAAAGAAGUCAUUCCAAGUCUUGUCUUGAAUUUUGAAAAGUCAGCUUGGAUUGAUGGCGGCGUUAGUUCUUUAGUCUGCAUACGAGAUGAACUCAUGAUAGCGACCAAAACCAGCCAUGUAGUACGCUACAAAUGGGACGGCAGUAUGAAUCGUGACUACUCCUUAGAUUUGAAACGUAUACCAUUCAGUAUUGAUCAACAAAUUUCUACUGUAGCCGUGCCACUCACAGAAAACAAUGUCUACGUCACCGACAUUGAAUAUUCGCCUCUUGUCGGAGGUUUCGCUAUUGUGCUUAGUGAUGGUAGGGCUGCAUUCCUUACUGCUCAGUCCUUGAAAUUCGACCCUAAUCAAGUACAGGGAAUCUGGGCUCGAGAUUUGGACGAUGCGACUUGCGCUGCUGUUAAUCAUAAAUACCGACUAAUAGCCAUUGGUAGGGAAAACUCCGAAGGUGUCGUUUAUUACGUCGAUGAAACUACAGGAGGCUUGGAGAUGUCGCAUACCUUGAGUCUGUCCUCCAAAGAUUAUCCAGGUCGGCCAGGCAGCGUCCUAUGUCUUAGAUGGACGCCCGACAGUUGCGCUAUUGCUUUAGCUUGGGAAGGCGGUGGCCUGGCGUUGUGGAGUACCUUCGGAGCUCUCUUGCUCUGCAGCUUAAAGUGGGACUACGGCCUAAGAGUGGAUCUGACACACGAUAAUCCUCUGCAAAUUCAUAUGAUGGAGUGGUCGGCGGAGGGUUAUCAGUUGUGGAUGCUACGAGAAUCUCCAGGACCCUCUGUGACCGAAGAGAACGGGAACGAAGCCUGCUCCAACGGAAAUCGCUCUCUCAUUCAAUUGGAUUUCGCUAAAAGCCCCUUGACGAUCAAUCCCUGCAUGGGCCAUCACGGCCACCUGUAUCUUCAAGGCGAAGACAGACUGUACUUGAACCUUGGCGCCGGGAUAUCCUCGUCAGCUUCGGGCUUUCAUCUUGCCUCUGAAAUGCCUAACGACAGUAUGCUUCAGACACUCGCCGGCUGCAAACAAUGGCUCGUUGUGCCGAUUCCAACCACAUACAGCGGCUCUAAUUGGCCGAUUCGGUACACUGCAAUAGACAGCGAAGGCUUAAGCCUCGCGGUUGCUGGUCGGACGGGACUGGCGCAUUAUUCUCUGCCCUCGAGGAAGUGGAAGUUGUUCGGCAAUGAGACGCAAGAGCGUGAUUUUAUAGUGACCGGUGGGUUGUUGUGGCACAAAGGAUACCUGAUAGCCAGUAGUUAUUCCAUCCUGGACGAUAAGGACGAGAUCCGAAUUUAUCCGCGUGACACACGCCUGGACAACAGCUACGUUAAAAGCGUUCGGAUGCCGUCGCAGGUGUUACUGCUCAACACCAUGAAGGACAGCCUCUUGACGUUCUGCGCGAACGCGCAGAUCAGUAUUUACGACAUGGUGAUGCAAAAAGACGUUGAAGCCGGAGGUAUCGAGCUAACGAGAAUACAGACUGUGGACAUCAGCGGACUGUGCGUGCAUCCGGCUUGCGUGGUGAGCGUGACGUUGACUACGAUUCGCGCGGAGACCGCCGGCAGUCACCCUCACCCUGAGAGUCUCUUGCUGAACGUAUCCGGCCGCCUUCUCAUGGUUCAACGCGAACACUCCACGGACAAUUCGGACGUGCCGUUUACGUGCAGCGCACCGACAGUAUUAGCGUCCUACGUUGAGAACGUUUGGGUGCCGUCUCGCUCGAGAAGGGACAAGCCGCACUUGACGGAGGCCCUCUGGCUGUUCUGCGGAGCCCACGGCAUGCGGGUCUGGCUGCCGCUUUGGGUGCCGCGCAAUCAUCAAGAGAAGGCCCACGCCUUCAUGAGCAAGCGCAUCAUGCUGCCGUUUCACCUGCGGAUCUAUCCGCUGGCGAUACUCUUCGAGGACGCGAUUCUACUCGGGGCCGAGAACGACACUGUGCUAUUCACAUCGGACACUAACUCGCCCUUUUCACUGCCCUUCAAUCUGCUGGAGCUCACGAGCCAAGUGUAUCUGCAUCAGAUUCUGCGUCAGUUGAUACGCCGGAACUUGGGUUACCACGCGUGGGAAAUAGCGCGCUCGUGUUCCGCACUGCCGUACUUCCCGCACUCGUUGGAGCUGCUGCUGCACGAGGUCCUGGAGGAAGAGGCGACGAGUAAAGAUCCCAUUCCGGAUGCUCAGUUGCCGUCCGUUGUUGAGUUCAUCCGCGAGUUCCCCGGCGUUUGGGCGAGAGCCGUCGUGCAGUGCGCCCGGAAAACCGAGAUCGCCCUUUGGCCGUAUCUGUUCUCCGUCGCCGGCCCUCCGAAGAAGCUGCUGCAGGAUUGCCUGCAACGCCAGCAACUCGACACCGCCGCCAGCUACUUGAUCAUUCUGCAAAAUCUGGAACCGUCCUCCGUCAGCAGACAACACGCUACACUUCUGUUAGACGCCGCGUUGGAGCAAGGUAGAUGGGAACUGUCGAGGGAUCUCGUGAGAUUUCUCAGAGCAAUCGAUCCGAACGACGUGGAGUCGCCGCGCACAUCGUGGAGCGGCAGUGCGAAACUGGGUGGUCCCCCGCAGACACCUCCGCUUUCCCCGCACGAGGACGAUCUGUCCUUGGUCCUGGGCACUAUGCAAGUCUCAAGAAGCCGCAGUUACAGCACCACCGUGACGCCCAAAGUGCAAUCCGACAAAGAUAUCGCGCCGUCCUCGAUGCUCGAGAAAACUCGGAACGUCGUUAUGAGACGGAAGAAGUCGGUGCCGACCGUAAAAACCGAGAAAACCGAGAACAAGGAAGGAUCGGCAGAAGAGUUCUUCAUCGACGUGAUCUUGCAACGUCACGCCCGACGGCUUCUCUCAGCUCGCCGCUUGACCGAUUUGGGUAGGUUCGCGGCUCGUCUUGACUUUCACCUGGUGACUUGGUUCGCCCGGGAGCGCGACAGAGCGGCGAAAGUCGAUGACUAUGUGGGAACUUUGAAGGCUGUCCACGAGGACUUCGCAUUUCCGUACCCGACUCUUUCGUUGCCGACGCUGCAGAGAUUUCGCCGGUCCAGCCUCACGUCUCUGCACUCGGUGAUGUCCGACGACGAGACGUUGUCGCCGAAUUUGAACGUCGAUCUACCCGACAGUGGAUACACCAGUCUUCCAAGUGGUAGGCCACCGUAUACAACGUUGGUCUCACCCGUCGCCAGCUUAGAAACGCAAUUUCCGACCGCAGAAGCCAAGUUAACGCCGAAUCUGAUACACGACGCCAACAGUGUUCUUAGCGAUACCAGUACGAUCUGGAGGGACGACGCAGAGUCCAUCGUCGGCUCUGUGUGUUGGGUCUCGCCGGAAUCGGUGGGACCCACGGAUGUCCAACAAGCUUCGUCAGCCUCUGCGCCAAUCGGCCGAGCCGAAGUGCAGCUCAGGUAUUUGCUGCAACUAUUUCUCGAAGGCUGCUGUCUAGGAUGGGCUGCUGUGGUAGCGACCGUUCUACGCGACGGGGCAGCCAUGGCUAGAACAGUGAGAACGGCACACGCGCCGAUGCAGACUAUCGAUUCUGUGAUCAAUUUGAGGGACGGACUGCUCACGUUGACCAAGUGGUCUCACUCAGAAUGUUUAGGAUACCGUCCGUUUAUGUCCAACAUCCAAUACCAGAUAUCGCUGUUGAAUAGACUAAUAAUAUCGAAGCAGCAACAGGAACAGGAACAAAUACCGGAGAGCCCCUCGCCGAGUCCGGCUCCGUCGGCCAGCAGCAACCAACGCGGCACUCUCUCUCGCUCAAGACACUCGUCGAUCAGUCAUGCUUCCAAUACGACUCCGCUGGAGGAGGAACGCGCGCAUGAGUCAUCCUUGACCGCCGAGGAGUCGGCGUUCCACGGAAGCUACAAUAAUCUCAACGUUGCGGAGGACACCUCGUCGCAGAAUGCCUGCACGAUCUCUUAAGAGUGCCUUACAGGCACCGGAAGCAAUGGCUGUUCAUUCCUCUGUGGAUUCUACGUACCAAAAAGAGAGAGACUCCUCUCUCUUUCUCUCCGCCCGAAGCGUCCGUUCUGGAAGUUUUACGUACACACAUUAAGGGUCUUACUCGAUUACGUUAGUCCUGGUCUACAAUAGGUAUUUUAAGCCUUAAGCCUUCAGAAAUUGACCAGUCACAAUUAGUUAUUCUCUUUACCAUUCGACUGUGAUCGGUCAAUUUCUCAAAGCUUAAAGCGUCUAUCGUAGGCCAGGGCUUACAAACUGAGAUUUCGUAUUAUAAUUCCGCGAUUAUCGUUUCGAAGGGUAUUCGCACGUGAUACAUCGCCGGAGACGCGACGAUUCCUGUAACGCGACAAUAUUCUACAAAAUUGGUAUUAUCAUUAGACCCUCUCCCUCCCUCCAACCGCGGUACAGGCGGUUUCGAAAGUCCCUUGUAAUUCGAUGAAAUCUCGAGAAUUUUGUAAAUAAGACUUCGAAGCAUUUUUUUAUUCACUUUACAUCGCGCGGAGGUAAUUGAAUUGUACAAGGUGAAAAAUAUGCGAGAGCCAGGAGAACGCGCACGUGUAUAUGCAAACGUUCGCCGUGUAUUACUGUUAGAAGGUAUACGUUGCGCCGGGAAAGAAAGACGAGACUCGGGGGUGCACAAUUGUGCAAGACGCGGGCCAGGGUGGUUGCAAGAUUAUCACGUCGUUGCACACACACAGAAGCACGUACUCACGGGCUAGGAACGCGCAUUAGCUCAUUCGUGAAUCAUGGGCAAUAGCGAAACAGCAAUAUAACGGAGCCAAUGAACAGAGCCGUUCAAAGACGUUAAAUCAAAAUUGGCGCGCCAACAGGUCUGAUAUUACACUGAUAAUUAUGCAAUGCGAAGCGAAAUAUUAGUAAGCUAUUUAUACAUAUUGUAACAUAGAUAGUCACAUAUAAAUAUAUGUUAUAUUUUCCCAUAAGA